AUGAUUUCUAUUCGACUUCAAGGAAAACCAACGAACUUAACAAUAAUACAGAUCUACGCACCAACUACAGAAGCAGAAGAAUCAACAAUCGAUGAUUUCUACAUGGAUUUACAACAAAUACUCGACGAUGUUCCAAAGAAAGAUGCCAUCCUGAUAAUUGGUGAUUGGAAUGCAACGGUUGGCGAAACAGCAGUACCUGGUAUAGUUGGAAAAUUUGGUUUGGGAAAAUGCAAUGAAGCAGGUGAGAGAUUGCUUGAUUUCUGCCAAGAAAAUCAUAUGAUCAUCACCAAUACAUGUUUUCAACAACCGAAACGACGACUAUACACAUGGACAACACCAAAUGAACAACAUCGAAAUCAUAUUGAUUAUAUUCUCUGCAAUAGACGAUGGAAAAGCUCAAUAACAUCAAUCAAAACACGACCAGGAGCUGACUGCGGUACUGACCACGAACUCUUGUUAGCGUGUUUUCGAAUCAAGCUCAAACAACAUCACAAAUCAACACAAACAGCAAAACCCGAUCUACGAAAUAUUCCGUACAAAUACAAGAUUGGCGCCAAAUGUAGCCAAGCAUUAGAUCAAUUUAUGAGACGAAAUAAUGAAGUCAUGUUGCAUGAAUUAGCUAAAAAAUUAUGUAAUCAAUGUAAAUUAACUGUUUUCACCAGCACAAUCUCACGUUAUUUAAAUCGUCUUCAAUAUGAAAAUUGUUUACCAUUAAAUACUUCAAUGCUCAUACAAGAACAUAAAGAAUGUUGA